UCUCAACAGUAUCAGCGGUUCUCUGGCCCCCAACACAAUAUAACUUGAAUCCGCGCACGUGUAAUCAAACACGUAAUGUGUAUCCGUGAGAUCCACUUUUCAAAGCGUAAAAAAUAUUAAAAUUCUCGUAUAGAAAAAUCAGAUAAUUGAACACGCAUAUCAGAUUACAAAGACAAAGUCUUCUAUUAUUUUGUUAAAACUAUACAUUUUUCAAGCAUCCACUGACAUUUUCUCUUUGUUGUUGUUUACUCUCUACAUUGCAACAACUGUAAACAAAAGUGUCAUCGUUUUUCGAAGUGUUUUUUUCUUAAAGUUUUCGCGGGUUUACAAUUUAUUGUUGUUAGUUUUUUUAAUUAUUUAUAAAUAAAGUACCAAAAUGCCAGAAAGCGAUCAUGAGUCUAAAGUUAGGUUAAGGCGUACUAAAAGUGUUACCAGAGCCGAAGAAAUUCAACGGAUGGAUUACAUGGUCCGCAAAUCUCAGCCUGAUAAACCUUGUCACAAACCGAGAGACAGUCUUUUCUCCUGGAGCUCAGGCUUCGAUAACUUCACUGGAUUCAUUAAUUGGGGCUUCCUUCUUCUCGGUCUUGGAGGCGUUAGGCUUCUCCUUGAAAAUUUUAUCAAGUAUGGAGUAAGAGUGGAUCCUCUGCAGUGGUUCAUAUUCCUAAGCGGUACACAAGAUGGCGGUGAGGAGUAUCCAUCAAUUUUGUUAAUUUGCUAUUCAAUUGUACCUGUUACUUUUAGUCUGCUGAUUGAAAAGGGCUUAUCAUUAGAUGUAAUCGCACAGGGACCAGGUACAAUCUUCCAUGUUAUCAAUUUACUGGGGAUGAUACUGAUGCCAAUGGUACUAAUACAUGUAAAAGAUUCGGGUUUCAGUUCGAUUGGAGCUGUGUAUGUUUGUAUGUUGUAUGCUAUACUUUUUUUAAAAUUAUGGUCGUAUGUUCAAGUAAAUAUGUGGUGCCGUGCAAGUAUGAAGGAUCCUUCAACUCCACGUUUAAGAAGACAGUCAUUGUCCUACAAUAAUUUACAACCGGUUCUAGGGGACCAAAAUGACGUGAACGAUGUUUCUGUUCACGACAGCCGUAACAUUAAAACAACAUUAGUGCAGUAUCCAGAUAAUCUUAAUCUACGUGAUUUAUUUUAUUACAUCCUCGCUCCAACACUCUGCUAUGAAUUGAAUUUCCCCCGCACGGAGAGAAUCCGGAAAAGGUUUUUAAUGAAAAGAAUUUUUGAAGUGUUCGUCGGGUGCCAAGUAGUGAUGUCACUUUGUCAACAAUGGAUGAUACCUUCGGUGAAAAAUUCGCUGGAACCUUUCACGAAAAUGGAUGUUGCAAAAGCUGCCGAGAGACUUCUGAAACUAGCGAUCCCAAAUCACUUAAUGUGGCUGUGUUUCUUCUACCUGUUCUUCCACUCUUACUUAAACCUAAUGGGUGAAUUACUGCACUUUGCCGAUCGCAACUUCUACGGCGACUGGUGGAAUGCUAAUAAUAUUGACACAUUCUGGCGCACAUGGAACCUAGCGGUUCAUCGAUGGGCUGUAAGACAUUUAUAUAUUCCAGUGGUUGAAAUGGGUUAUAGCAAAAAGACAGCCAGCGUGACUGUAUUCUUCAUAAGUGCAUUCUUUCAUGAGUACCUCGUCAGCGUGCCGUUAAAAACUUUCAAAAUUUGGGCGUUCAUGGGCAUGAUGGGUCAGAUUCCAUUAUCCUUCAUCAGCAAACACGUGGAGCGGAGGUUUGGCGCCAGAUGGGGUAAUAUCGUUGUCUGGUCGAGCUUGAUAAUCGGUCAACCCCUUUGUAUCAUGGUCUAUUAUCACGACUACGUAGUAGAACACUUUGGAGAAACACUACUCGAAGAUCAUUCGAUUGUCUAAGGAUCAUUGCCAUUCAAUUAUUAUUAAUUGUAUUGGCCAAUGAUCCUCAUUAAUUCUACAACGUUACUGAAUACCGUUAUUGUCGGAUGUCUAAUUGUUGGAUACUGUUUACAUUAAACAAUAAAUGAAAUUAUUAACUUUGGUAA